CUUGCAGCCGCAGAGCCCACCGGCAGCUUGCCCAUCGACGACCAGAUCUCUCUGCUGAAAGGGGCCACCCUGGAGAUCUGCCAGAUCCAGUUCAACACAGUCUUCAACGCGGAGACCAAUGCUUGGGAGUGCGGGCAGCAUUGCUACACCAUCCAGGACGGAGCCCUGGCCACGUCUCUGUCCCGGCUAUACCUGGAGCCUCUGCUCAAGUUCCACGUCAGUCUGAAGAAGCUGCAGCUGCACGAGGCCGAGUACGUCCUGCUCCAGGCCAUGCUGCUCUUCUCGCCAGACCAUGCCGGCAUCACCCAGCGGGACUUCAUCGACCAGUUCCAGGAGAAGGUGGCCCUGACACUCAAGAGCUACAUCGACCACCAGCAUCCCAUGCCUGAGGGCAGGUUUCUCUACGCAAAGCUGCUGCUGCUGCUGACAGAGCUACAGACGCUGAAGGUGGAGAACACGCGGCAGAUCCUCCACAUCCAGGACCUGUCCUCCAUGACGCCUCUGCUCUCCGAAAUAAUCAGCUAG